AAGACACUGGAAGGCGGUGGGGCGGAGAGAGGCGCGCGCGGGCCGCGGCCGAGCAGGAGGCUGCAAGGAGAGCCCGCGGGGGCCCUGGGAGUGCAGUUCCUCAGCCCCCGCAAAACAAUGUGUGGCGUGCUGCGGGGCGCAACUUGCCGGAGGCGGCGGGGGCGCGCCGAGCCCGCCUGAGACCGCGCCGCUGACCUUCUCCCCCCGCCGUCCGUUGGGCCCGAGCGCCCAGCUUCUCGCUCCCCAGCUCGCGGGGGCCGGGCCGAGCUGCAGGGCGGGGCCGCCCCUCCGUCGCUGCUGCCUCCUCCCCCACCCCCAGCCGCUGAGGAUGCGGACGGCCCCCGGCGGCGUCUAGCGGCCCCGGGCCCAGGCGCGAUGGUGCAGCAGCGGGGCGCGAGGGCCAAGCGGGACGGCGGGCCACCGCCCCCGGGGCCCGGGCCGGCCGAGGAGGGGGCGCGUGAGCCCGGCUGGUGCAAGACCCCGAGCGGCCACAUUAAGAGACCGAUGAACGCGUUCAUGGUGUGGUCGCAGCACGAACGGCGGAAGAUCAUGGACCAGUGGCCCGACAUGCACAACGCCGAGAUCUCCAAGCGCCUGGGCCGCCGCUGGCAGCUGCUGCAGGAUUCGGAGAAGAUCCCGUUCGUGCGGGAGGCGGAGCGGCUGCGCCUCAAGCACAUGGCGGAUUACCCGGACUACAAGUACCGGCCGCGCAAAAAGAGCAAGGGGGCGCCCGCCAAGGCGCGGCCCCGCCCCCCCGGCGGCGGCGGCAGCCGGCUCAAGCCCGGGCCGCAGCUGCCUAGCCGCGGGGGCCGCCGAGCAGCGGGAGGGCCUUUGGGGGGCGGCGCGGCGGCGCCCGAGGACGACGACGAGGACGACGACGAGGAGCUGCUGGAAGUGCGCCUGGUCGAGACCCCCGGGCGGGAGCUGUGGAGGAUGGUCCCGGCGGGGCGGGCCGCCCGGGGACAAGCGGAGCGUUCCCAGGGGCCGUCGGGCGAGGGGGCGGCUGUCACCGCCGCCUCCCCGACUCCGUCGGAGGACGAGGAGCCGGAGGAAGAGGAGGAGGAGGCGGCGGCGACGGAGGAAGGCGAAGAGGAGACGGUGGCGUCGGGGGAGGAGCCGCUGGGCUUUCUGUCCAGACUGCCCCCCGGCCCCGCCGGCCUGGACUGCAGCGCCCUGGACCGCGACCCAGACCUGCCGCCCCCUUCGGGCACGUCGCACUUCGAGUUCCCGGACUACUGCACCCCCGAGGUUACCGAGAUGAUCGCAGGGGACUGGCGCCCGUCUAGCAUCGCCGACCUGGUUUUCACCUACUGAGCCCACCGUCAGCGGGGCGCGCACGCCCCCAAACCAGCUGUUUACAUACAGGAAUCAGGUAUUGGGGCCCCUCGGAGGCCGAGGCUGGCACCCCAUCUCCCGCACAGCCUCCCCCCUCCUAGACGUGCCCAACCCCCUUCAAAUCCAGACAUGCCCUUCCCCCGCAGACACACCCCAAGGCAGCCCAACCCCCACCCUUUCUCCGACAUCCAAGCCCCUCCCCAUCUUACCCCCUCCCGCACAGCCACCAGCAGCCAGCCCCCCCCACUCCGAUACACCUCCCGUCCUCUCCAAGAGACCUGUACCCCUCCCCCAUUUUGCACACGCCCCUCCUCACGGCCGGAGGACACGCCCCUGCCCUUGCUCCGGACUCCCUCCGCCUUAGCGUGGCCCGCCUCCUGUCUUGUUUGGGGGGGCGCUGCAGCUGGGCGGCCCCGCGCCCUCCUCCCUUGCCCCUCCCUCCCAGGGAGGGGGAGGGGCCCGUUCCUUUUCCCCGGGAACACUGGGAUCCGCCCCCUUCUCGCGCAUGCUUAAUGCUUCUUGGGAGGAGGGAGCUGGUCCCAGUCGAACCUCACGCCCCUGUCAGCCGAUCCGGGAAGAAGGGGGGCGGAUAUAGAGCGAUCCUGAGAAACCUUUUGAUCCAGGAGCCACGGCUUCCGUUCAACCCGACGGGGCGUCACUGCCUUAAAUGGGAGGAGCACUCGGAAGGGGGAGAAAGAGACUAGCCGGCCCGGAAGGGUUGGUGUGGAGCUUGGAACUCCCAAGUGGCAUAGCCCCUUUUCCCUUACGGGGUCGCCCAACCCACGUGCACCCACCCCUCACCGACUGCAUGACUGCCUCUACAGCUUGUCUUGGUUCCAAGAAGCCAACCUUUCUUUCCCCCGCCUGGGAAUUGGGGGCAGGGUCUUUCUCUGGAAAUCCUUCGGGAGAGAAAAAGAAAACUCAGAACCAAGACACGUAACAGUUUGUUUGGGGACAGGGUCUUUAUGCUCCACCCCCCCCCCAAGUGCCCUUAUCACCUCAGGGCACACUCCCAGCCUGGGCUCCUUCCUAAGCCCACCGCCCCUUCCUGUCACCCAGGUCCCUCUGCCUACAGUAUUCAGUGGGAGAAACUGAGACACGUUGGUACUAGGGGGUUGAGACUGAGGCAUAAUAGCAGAUGAAGUGGCAAGAAGAGCCCCACUUUUCAGCAGCUGGCUUCAGAGAGACCAUCGACUGGGCCAGUGAGACUGAAGGGAGGGUCAGAGCAGUCUUGGGCCGUUUGCGCCUAGCGCUGCUGCAUCCAGUUUGGGGUGCCCUCGGAAACCCUGCCCCUGAUGCUGUUACCCCUCUUACUCCAGCUCCCCGCUCAAGCCCUGCCCCUCCGGCCUCCCCACGCCCCAUUUGCCCUCACUACCUGUAUCUCACCGGCGUGUGUUCACCCUCCUGGGUGUGCACACACUCUCAUUCACACACACAAAUCUCAGGAACAAACGGUCCCAGAGUCCUCCGGGACCCCUGCCCAGGGUCUCUGCAGGUCUCUGCCCCACGCGUUCCCGUCGCUGACAAAGCCACCAGCUGCCUCCUUUAAGCUUGGUGCUCCGGCUCUGGGCCUUUUUGCGCGCGCGCUCUUUCUCUCUUUUUCUCUUUUUCUCUCUCUCUCUUUCUUUUUCUUUUUCUUUUUUUUUUUUUAAAGAAAAACAACAACAAAAAAGACAAUGAAAAAUCCCAGAAAACGUCAUGUGAGUGAAGAGAUGUCACUGUCUGUGGUCUUGGAGAACUAGUCUCAUAGCUGAGGGGAGGGGGCACUGGCACCCACAGCAGGACUUCUGCCAGGACUGAAUAAAGUGUAUUUGCCCCAUCUCGCCCUGUGCUUCUACAUGUCUUUGCCUUUCCUCAACCCUCCCCAAACAGUUUGGCAGAUUCAAGUCCAUGUGACUUAGCACCAUGCAGGAAGAGCUGGGGGUUCCAGGGCAAGGAGGCACCUGGCCCCUCUAGGCCUCUCUGCUCCCUCUAUCUCAGGACUCCUGGUCUUCAUUAAGGAUGGCAGACUCACCCCUGCAGAGGCAAGGCAGGUGACAUGAAUGAGAGAGUCUGGGUGGACACUGGCUUCAUGACCCACUUCAAGGGGAGCAACUGCUCACUUCCUGCCGGUUGUGACCCUGUGGGAAUGCAGCCCACUGUGGCCAGGGGGCUAGAUUUUUCAAGAGAAGAUGGAAAUCUGGAUGUUUCUGUGAACAUCUGAAUUUCAAAAUGAAAGCUGAGUGAAAUAUUUUUAAAUCCUUGUGGACCAAGUGAAACACGUGUGCAGGCACACCUAGUCCAAGGGGGCCAGUUUGACCCUGCCCUUAAGAUUAAGAAUCAGGGUUGAGCCACAAUACCUGGGCUCAAACCCUGGCACCACCACUGAGCACCUGUGUGACCUUGAGCAUGUUAACUUCACCCUGACUCUUCUUUGCAUAUGUGUAACGCGGGGAUGAUGAUAAUACCUGCUUCACAGGGUAAAAUGAAGUUCAAGGUGAGAAGCAUUUAACAUGGUGCUCCAUAAAUUGUAUUAUUCCAUUGUCCAGAGGAGGAAACUUAGGGUCAAGGUGCAGAAGCAACCUGUAAAGGGGCUUCAAGCAGCCAAGGUCAGUGACAGGGCCCCAAAUUUUGGUUUCUGUCUCCUGGUGAAGUGUUAACUUCAGGGUGCUUGCCUCUCCCUCCCUGUUUGAAUCUGCAGAUGGUGUUAGGCUGGCAGCUCAGGGUGUGGAGUAGUGGGGUUCGUCCCCAUGCCUAGCACAUAACUGGCCCCCAGUGUAGAUGCCUUGAAUGACUGAAGAGCAGCAGAAGCCACGGUGAUUCCUGUCCAUGAGAUUCUUACCUGUGUUUUGGGAACUGAGACCAAGACUUUUCAAAACUUUUGUCCCCCUACACCUUUCCGCCUAAUUCUUCCUCUACCAGAUCCAAUGAAUUCCUAAGGUUGGACAAAGCCUGUUUCCCCAGUAAGAACCAAGGCCAAGUGUGCAAGUCUCAUUCAGAGGGUAUUUGGGGACUGGGAUACCCAUAGAUGCUUUAAAAGAGGACUAAAGCAGGUUUGGGAGGGCUGGGCACCUAUAGAAAGGGGGCUUGGGGCAGCAGGAAUUACAGUGAGCGCUUCCUCUUGGCCUCUGAUUGGAAGCAAGAUUGACCACAAAUCAAAACAAAACCUUUAAGAAAGAAAAGGUGGAAGAGAGCCACUUCACCCAGGGCAGCCUGCAUCUGGUGUCCGAAUGAGCACAGGUGUAAAAGCCUGCCACUUCAGUUCAAGGUGGGACAGACACAGGGAGUACCUGCCCCCCUCCCAUGUCCUCACCCCAGGGCCCCUCCAGGGUGGCUGAGGCUUUGCCUGGCCAGCAGCGCAGUUUGGCUUCCUGAACCCAAUUCUGUCUCCUCCCUCUUCUUUUCACAGGUGUUUAUGCCUAAUAAAUAUCU